AGAGUGUAACCAUAAUGUUUGUGUCCUAAUUGUGGACGUCACGUAGAAUCCAGGUAUGUGAGUUAUGUUAUCUGUCAUUUGAACGGCCGUACGUAAUGACGUCAGGGCGCGUGUGUUGUUAGUCUAAUCGGUCUUUGAAAACUGUUUGGUAUCAAUACAUCGUUUUGAAACUUUGUUACUCGCCAAAACAUACUUAGUUGUGCAUUAUGUCACAUUCAACCGCCAUGACUCAUAAUUCAUGUACAUUAAAUACACUACACAAUAUACAAUUUACACUACAUGAGUUGGUGGUACCUGAGUCAUUUGCACUUACCUCACGAAUCCUACUGGAGUCAGCUCAGUUUUAUUCUGUACGUCAUUCGUUCUGACUUAGUUUUUAGAGCCUGUUUUGUAGGAUGAGCUGUUUGUUGUGUCAAGCUCCUUUUUAAUCGAAGUGCAAUAAAGUGCAUUAACACCUGCAUCGCUGGUGGGUAUGUUUUAUUGAAACUAUAGUCAAUAAUGCUCUACAAACUGUAGUUGAAUCUGACAGGUUCUAAAUCGUUCGAAGCGUUUUGAAUCGUUCAAAGCGUUAUAUCGCCUUAUUUAAGCUAAUGGAUCUUACUGUGAGAAAAGACAUUAUCUUUUACUUGAUUUUGUUGUGUUUCUAGAUUCCGUAUUUAUGUUGUGUUUUGAGAUUUUGCUGUGGCCAUGAUUUUAAUCUCUUUUAUAGUUUGAGCAAUUGUUGUCCUUUUUAUUGAAAUCUUUCAUAAGGUCUAGUAAAAUAAAGACAUUCAAUUCUUUAUUUCACGAUUUUGUAGAUUGUGUGUUAUCUGUAAAGAGAGCUGAUAAGAGGACACCUCCUAUCAAAACGCACAGUAUGAAGUUGUAAGGUAUAUCUGAAGCAUCACCAUGACCGAACCGUACGAGGUCGAUCUCGAGGAUGUGGCAGUGGCUUAUUGUGGUUUGGACGAGGACGUGUCUGCAAAACCUCCUCUUCACACUCGUCUACUUUUCCAGUUCUACAAAUGGAGGACGAGUGUCCGUUGGAAGCAUAUCUACAUCCCCUGUCUAGUGCUCUCCGUCCUGAUUGUAGUCAGUGUUGUGACUACAGUUGUUGUUCUCAACGUUUUGAAAAACAAGCCAAAGGUCAUAAAAUCUGCAAAUGAUUUAAGAGACUACAGAGCAAUAACCUUAGAAGCGAACAGUCUUAGGAUGCUUUUAGUGAGCGAUCCUAAUGCCACCGAAUCUGCAUGUGCGGCUGCUGUAGCAGUUGGUAGUUUCGCUGAACCAGACGACCUUGGAGGACUGGCUCACUUUCUAGAACACAUGUUGUUCAUGGGAUCUGGCAAGUACCCUGACGAGAACCAUUUUGAGACGAUCGUUCAAACAGACGGUAAUGGGUACACCAAUGCUUACACCUCGGAUGAGGUCACGGAUUACUACUUUUCUACUCGCUUCAAGUUUCAUGAUAUUAUGGAUGUCUUCGCACAGUUCUUUAUAAGUCCACUAUUGGAUAGGGACUCAAUUAUAAGAGAAGUUUCGGCAGUAAACAGCGAAUGGCAGAGAGAGUUAAGUUCUGAUGCCUGGACUUCAUGGGAUAUCAUGAGGGUGCUCUCCAAUGUAAAACAUCCUUUCCACACGUUUUCAACAGGAAGUAUCUCAACUCUGAACAGGACAGACAUCCAGGACAGAUUGUGGGACUUUUACGACCGUUACUAUAGCGCUAACUUGAUAACAGUUGCGAUAAUUGGUAAUGAGACUUUGGAUACCCUCCAGGAAUGGGCUGAAGAAAUCUUUACUGCUAUCCCUAACAAAGAAAAAACAAAACCAGUGUUUAACCAGCUUCCAUUCCCUCCUGGUGACAAGAGGUACAUCUCUCGGGCCAUCUACUAUCAACCCAAAUCAGACAAGGAUAGCAUCAAACUUAUAUUCCCUAUUAAUAUUUCUGACUACCCUAACCUCAGCUACCUAACCUACCUGAUGGGUUACGAAGGUAAAGGUUCCCUGUACCAGUACCUCUCAACCCGGGGCUACGUCACCUCACUUAUGUCCGCUAUCUCCACCGAAGCUCAGAACUUCGUCCUGGUCAGCGUGUCCUGCGAUCUAACCGAAAAAGGAUUAACCAAGCCUAAGGAUAUUGUGCGGGCCUUGUUCCAGUUUGUGAAGAGGGUGAAAGCAAAUGGGGUUAAUGAACAGCUUUGGAAGGAAAAUAAGCAGAUUGAUGAACUUAAGUUCAAGUUUAAGGAGAAGGAGGAUCCAGCUACCUAUGCUAGCACGAUAUCAGCCCACAUGGCUAGAGUUACCGACCCUCGAGACUUCCUCGACCCCCCUUCCAGACGGAUCUACAAUCAGUCGUUGGAGGAGAGGAUCAUGGCCCACAUCACCCCUGAUAACUUCAACAUGUACAUUAGUUCUCUCAAAUUGUCCACUGAGAUGGCUAAUAAGUACGGUCCUCAGCUGACCCAGAAAGAGACAUGGUACAGCACGCCGUACGAAAACCUCCAGAUAGACGAAGCGGAUAUUACCAACUGGGAGACGGUGGAACUGAACGAGGAUUUGUAUCUUCCUGAGACUAACCCCUUUAUACCUGAUGAUUUUAAUAUAAAAGAGUACGAGGGUAAAGCUUUGCCUGUGACUGUUAACGCCACUGAAGUGUCUGAUAUGACAGUCUGGUGGUAUCAGGAUAAAGAGUUUAACCAGCCCAAGCUCUACAUGGGCUGUAGGAUACAACCCAAACCUGCUACUCCUUCAGUUAAGAACGGCCUGUUAUCUGAGAUGCUCUCUAGUACCUACCUGCGUGAGACCUCUGAAUCUCUCUACCCCGCUGUAUCAGUUGACUAUGAUAUAGGUUUUCUUUUUGAUGACUUCUGGAUCAUGACCCUCUCCGGGUUCUCCGACGCUGAAAAGGUGAAAAAAGUAAUAGAGAGCGGCCUGGACUCGUUGUUCCAACUUGAUUUUGAUCAAAACGAGGAGCACUUUAACGCGACCAUCCGGGAACCAAUCAGGAAGGAAUAUCUGAACGUUAAGAACUGGAUGCCUGCUCAGCUCAGUUUACGAUAUGCCAGGAUGAUUCAAGACCAGUACAUAUUCUCCUACUCAGAAAACUUGGCGGAAUUAGACUCCCUCGCGCAAUCAGACAUCAGGAACCUGCGAGACGACUUCCUAAAAGAUAUCUCUAUUGACUGCUCGAUUAUGGGAAAUGUUAUUGAACAGCAGUCAGCAGAAUAUUCUGAGAUACUGAAGAACAAGCUUGUUACGGGUGCGGGGGCUGGCUCAACGAUUGUGAAGGAAAACAGGCUGGACGCCUUCGUUCACCCAAUCUUCAAACUACCUCAAAACAAGACCCUGGUAGUCAGACAGAAGGUUGAGAACCCGGAGGAACCCAACUCUGGAGUUCUGUCUCUGUUCCAGAUUGGACCUGUUGAGUCAAAUGGUCCUUACACGGACAGGUUGCCCUACACUAGAUUCGUUCUGGCUACCUUACUCGGACUAAUGAUGAGAGAACCUUGUUUCAACUAUCUCAGGACCCAACAACAGUUGGGAUAUGUUGCCAGCUGUUUUGAGGAGGAGUUUAAGAAUAUCAUGGUGUUCAACAUCUUGGUUCAGGGAUCUAGAGAGGACGCUGGGGCUUACGUUAUCGCUGAGCAGCACGAUAUUUUCGUUGAUCUUCAAUACAACAAAUUCCUUGAACAGAGCAAAUCUGAUGCAGGUUUACAGCUGUGGGCUGACAUUAAGGUCGCUCUAAGAAAACAAAUCGAGGAAAAACCGAUUAGUUUAUCAGAAAAGAACACCCAGUUCAACAGAGAGAUUUUCUCACCGACACGAGACUUUGUUCGGAGAGAAAAGAAAGUGGCAGCUCUUGAGGAGAUCACCAUGGACGAUUUUAUUGAGUUUUAUAAGCGGUAUUUGAUAGGAGAAAACCGACGGAAGAUUUCAUCACAGGUGUACGGUAAGAAUGAUGAGAUGCCUGAGACCGUGAACGACGAAAGAAACGAGGAGCUGAUACUUGACAUCCAGGCUUACAGAUCCAAGUUAACUGAAACGUACACAGGUGACGAAUAGGAUAUUAUCAUAUGGUACUCGUCAGGAAACUCAGCUAAAUUACAGCUGCGAGGGGGUUCCAGGAGGACGGAGAAGGAAUCAGUCUGGGCUAGAAAUGAGAACUAAAGUCGUGCGAUGGCAAGAUGAUAUGGACUGUAUAAGUGACCUCACAGCGUUUAAAUACGCCACAGCGUUUUCACAACAACAGCAUCACUACUUUUUCUAGAUAUGGGUUAUGGAUGAGCUGAUUUGUUAUCAUAUUUAAUGCAUUGCUUGCGGAGUAGUUCCCUUGUAAAUUAUUGUUGCUCUUUUUAUGCAGCAAUUUUUAUGUUGAUUUAUGUCAUGGUUUCAUUUACGGUGAUCAAUUGAUGAUUACUGAUUUUUAUAUGUUGUUUAGCUAUAUUUUGACUGAAGUCAUUCCAGGUUUGUAUCGUUAUAUGAAUUUGAUGCAGGCAUUCACGUUAAAAUACUUUUAAUGCGGUAAUAAUGCGGUAAUGCGGUAUAUAUUUCAUAUUCUCUGUUUACUGGUGCAAGCCGAAGAACAAUUAAAAUAAUUGUUAAAAUGAGCAGAUAAGUCAGUAAAUUAAUGAUUUCGAUUACCAUUUAAGUUAUUUAAGCUGCUACUAUCACGUGGUUUAUCUCAGCCAUUAAAUAUAAAAUAUUCUGACUUGGAUCAUUUAAUUUAAAGUUCAACUAGUUGAAUUCAGUUUUCAAAAAUAGUUCUCUUAGAAUUUGAUAAUGAAAUGACAACAUUGAUUUAUUGAUGCAGUAAUGAUCUUAAAUACAAUUUUUAUUUUUAUUUAAGUUUUGAAAA